AAUCAAGGUUGGUUGAUUGCUUGACUGCCAAGAAAAUUUCAGCCUUAACUAGCUCUUCUAUAAAAGAAUCAUCCAGAGAAUUCGAAGUGGCAAAGACAAAAAGAAAAGGGCAGAUCGAACUAAGAUGGGAGAAGAAGAGGUGAAGGUUUUGGGAGUGUGGGGAAGCCCAUACAGUAAGAGGGUGGAGAUUGCCCUUAAACUCAAGGGCAUACCCUACGACUACACAGAAGAAGAAGACUUGCAUGGCCACAAAAGCGAGUUGCUGCUGAAGUCGAACCCGGUUCACAAGAAGAUUCCGGUUUUCUUCCACGCCGGAAAACCCAUCACCGAGUCACUUGUGAUUGUUGAAUACAUCGAUGAGACUUGGAAAGCCAACCCCAUCUUGCCCCAUGAUCCUUACCAGAGAGCCUUGGCUCGUUUUUGGGCCAAGUUCAUUGAUGAAAAGUGCAUGCCUGCAAUUUGGAAAGCUUAUCAAGGUGAUGACAAAGCAGUGAAAGAAGCACAUGAUUGUUUGGAAAUACUUGAAAAUGAGCUAGAGGGCAAGAGACUCUUUGGAGGAGAGACAAUUGGGUUGGCAGAUAUCGCUGCUGACUUCAUAGGCGAUUGGAUGGAAUUGGUUCAAGAAGCGGGAGCAGUAAAACUAUUGACUAAUGAAAAAUAUCCCAAAUUAUGCAAAUGGUCAGAAGAGUUCGUUAGUAUUGUUAAGGAGUAUCUACUUCCUAGGGAUAAGAUACUUGCUUACUUAAAAGCUCGCUUUGAAUCUGCCCAAGCUUCUAAAUAAACAUUAUUACUAAUAUACCAACAUGAUAGUGAUGAGGUGUGACAGAUGGUUUAGCUAAAUAUUUCUGCUAAAUAAAUGAUUCAUGAACUUUAUAUGUUAGCUUGCGUAUGGCAUAUUAUGUAUUUUUAAUUAUCUUAUGUCUUUGUAGAGUUUAUGUAAGAAAUAUUCCACUUGCUUUUUCUCAUCAAUUCAUAUAUCUAGUGCCUCCCAAGAGUCAUUUGGAGAAGUACAUGUUAGGAUAUUAAAUAAUUUGAUGUCAUUUUGAUCAAA